ACUAUUAAUUACGGUCAGCUGUACUGGGUACUGGUUUGUUGAUAUUUAAUUACAUAUAAGGAUUAGUUUAGCACUGAUGGACUUAAAUCUAGAUACUAGAUAUUAGUGUGAGCAGUUUUGUGAGUAAUUUAGUGUGACAGUCUUGCACUCAGUUCGCUGGGAUUAUAAUUGUUCUGUACUGCACCGCACUUCUUUUAUUAUAGUUUAUAUUCGAAUAAAUUUCAAAUACUUUCUUAACCAUUUUUAGAAAUUUAAUUAGUUAUACAUAAAAUAUUAAAUCUAUAUCAGUAAAAAUGAUAUUGACUACUAUAGUUAAUGAUAUAGUGUCGGGACCAGAGGAGCAGCUCAUUCCAGCCCACUUAUCAUAUGGACAAUACAUGUAUGAUCAAUUAAAAAAGGGAGGAGAUAAAAUUGCACUGAUAUCGGCAGAAACUGCAGAAUCCAUUACAUACAGGGAACUGCUACAGUAUAGUGUAAGGGCAGCUAUUGCAUUACAGAAAUUGGGAUUGAAAAAAGGGGAUCUGGUCAGUAUUAGUUGUGAAAACCGAUUUGAAUUUGUCCCUGCUGCAUUUGGUGUGAUAUUCAAUGGUGGUUUACUGUCAACAUGGAACAUUACAUAUUCUACAGGCGAAUUAAUACAUUUACUGCAUAUAACAAAACCAAAAUUCAUAUUUGUGUCACCAAUUACGGCUUAUAAUAUGGUAGAAAGUUGUAAAGAGGUGCCUUAUGAUGUUAGGCUUAUAUUGUUUGGUGACGAUGAGGUGGUGCCAUCUCUCAUGUAUAAUGAUCUGGUCAAGGAGGCAGUAAACGUAGAUGAAUACACACUAGUGGAUGUUAAUGGCAGGGAUGAUGCUGUGGCUGUUAUGUGCUCCUCUGGAACUACUGGAUUACCCAAAGGAGUUAUGCUUACACAUGUAAAUUUCCUCACAUUAACACAACAUUUGAGGUACUAUUAUGAAAUGUCCAAACUGAGAGGAAAACAUGAGGUAGAAAAUGCACUGUCACUAAUCCCGUGGUUCCAUGCAUACGGUUUUAUCACGACCAUGGCGACUAUUGCUAUGCGUAUCAAACUUGUGUUUUUGAUACAAUUUGAGCCGAAACAAUUUCUGGAGACAAUCCAAAAUUAUAAGAUAAACGAAACCACGAUUGUACCACCCCUGGCUGUGUUCCUGGCGAAGCACCCGCUUGUAACAAAAUAUGACUUGUCAUCGCUCAACGAGGUUUGGUGCGGAGCUGCGCCAUUGUCAAGGGACAUACAAAGAGCUAUCACUGAAAGGACUGGCUUAAACUAUAUUAAACAGGGUUACGGUUUAACUGAAGUAACCAUGGCAUGUUGCGUCGAUUUAACUGGUGGCCAAAAAAUAGGCUCCUGUGGAACACCGGCUCCUGGCAUGAAAAUAAAAGUAAUCGACAUAGAAAACGGACAAAGAUUAGGUGUUGGAAAGGAAGGGGAAUUAUGGAUCAAGUCAUCAUUGACUAUGAAAGGAUAUAUGGGUGACAAAGCGGCGAGCGAUGCACUAUUUGACAGCGAAGGUUAUGUACGGACUGGUGACAUUGGAUAUUAUGAUAAAGAUGGGUUCUUUUACAUAGUAGACAGACUUAAAGAACUUAUUAAAUAUAAGGGAUUUCAGGUGGCGCCGGCUGAAAUAGAAGCAUUAUUACUGCAACAUGAAGGCGUAGCGGAGUGUGGAGUGGUAGGUAAGCCUGACGAAUAUGCUGGUGAACUGCCUCUCGCCUUUAUAGUGCGCCAGCCAGGCUCUAAUGUUUCGGAGCAAGAACUCGUCAAAUACAUCGCUUCAAAGGUAUCUUCGGCGAAACAAUUACGAGGUGGCGUUCUUUUUGUUGAUGAAAUACCCAAGAACCAGUCUGGCAAAAUACUAAGAAGAGAGUUGAAAAAAAUGCUACCAACUCCAAAGAGUAAGCUUUAACAGUGGGGUUAAUUUUGUAUAUAAAUGAAAUUUUACAAUUUUUUAU